UAUUUUUUUUUUUUUAUCGCCCAGCUGACUGUCGCCUAGUUGUUCUGUUGACCAUGCAGUUUACUAUUGCCCAGUGUUGUCCUUUCGUCCAGCUGACUCGCUAAGUUAUUAGGUCGACCAGUUGACUUGCCCAGUUGCCCCUGAACGGGAAAGACCAGCUGUGAACCGCCUUAAUGCGUAAAGAACCGCGCCUCUCUCAUGGGUGGCAACCAAAAUAAAUGUAUGAAUAAAAAAAUCAUGGAAAUCAUAAUGCUCUAUUGAACAAUAUUUAAGAAAUAAGGUUUUGUAUAUCUAUCUACGAGUAUAUCCAAGCCUACGAAUACUUAUAUAACUUUACAUUUUAUAUCAAUGUGCGUAAUUAUAUGUCUUUUAGAGGGUAAUUUCCUCCACUUUCGUUGCCGCUACAAGCCAAGUAAAAAGGCAACUCAGGGGCAAGGCUUAGCAUGACCUCCCACCCUGACGUGACCAUGGCCACGCACACCACGCCCUCCCGUUACUUCCUCUACUUUGUUGAGUACUCGUACAUUACCGUUGUGUCCCAGACUGUUGCCCCCAGAUAGGGUAUGGAGGGGCAAAGAUUCCCUGCAGUUUUUUCGUCGUUAGUGCAGUAUGUACUUAUAUAUACGGGUGCGUUCCGGCGUCUCGUGACAUUUUUCCCCCUCGUCUAUGUCCCUUACUUGGCUUCUUAAGGCCCACAGCCAAAAGUACUGCUAACUGACCUCCUUUCACCUCCCCUUUCCUUUUUCUCACCUCUCCGCCAGCCGCCACCAGACACCAGGGAAAUGUUUGCGGUUCCGUGUAUGGGUGGGAGUAAGGUGACCUUGGGAGGGUCAACUGGUUGCCAGGUAGGAAUCCCGAGGAUGUUACAUCAUAGUAAGUAAGUUCUUCCGUUAAUUAAUGUGUAGUUUCUUUCUGUAUGAUAUCACUUUCAUUUUCUUUCGGUCUUCUUCAGGAUGGUAACUUGCAGGCGCGAUAUGAAUCCGUCUACUAAACGAGGCUCGUAAGUCAUUCUCGGUGAGUUGCAUCAUGGCUCAUUUCCUGCCUGCGUAAGGUGACGGCCGAAGCGAGGACGGGGCGGGUGAGACUAAGCUGACCUCUUGCCCUCCACUUACCGCGGGUGCGACCGUAAUGACAGGAGAAAAUAAUGCGAUAUGGGAAGCCGCUGCUGUGACCUGGCCUCCCCGCCAGCGGUGACCCGCGUACAUAACGCUGUGGCCGGGACGUUCUUUGCCAUUCAUUUGCGAGAAACCAUCGGCAGAACACACUAGUGCCUUCAGCUGCUGACAUACUUGAGGAGAUUCACCGUGAAGUCUUCGUGGUUCAAACAAAGGACAAAAUAAUGUACAAAAUGGGGUCGCGUAGUUCAUAAAAGACGCCACGUGUUUAUCCUUACGAAGAACUGUUGUUACUGAAGAGGCUAUUAAGUGUGAGGCAAGGAAGAUAGACUCACUGUUUUUCCCUGGUGCGAAAGAUAUCUUGGUUGGGUGAUGUAAAAGCUGUCAGGCUGCGCCAGCAUGGGGUCCCUGGUACUGCUUCUGCUAACAGCCAGCUCAGUGAUGUCUCUGGAAGCCAAAAACUGGCCAUUUGUUGGAGCAUGGACACCUAAGGAUGUGACGGAGGACAUGCCAAGGUUGCCUGGACCUGACACCUCUAGCCUUCAAGCUGAUGAAACAAAACAAAAUGAUCAGGAAACCAAGACUCUUGAUGAUCUUCUGUCCCCUUUUGGUUCCCUUAGAUUAUCAACACUUGGGGUGCAUGCUCUCUUUCCCCUGAUGUUGGCCUUCACCCUCUAUCUUGGUCUGGUGCUGUGGGCCUCCUCUACUCUCCACAAAGAAGACUACCAACUCUACCAAACCAUCUCAGAGUUGAAUGCAAAAACGGACCAAAUUUCUGAGGGCCUGACAGCACUUGCACAAAUGUACAUAGACAACUACCCCUUUGCCUACAGAAGUCACCCAAGGAGUCAAGAUCAUCAUCUGCAGAAUCCCUCCCAAAGAUCCACCACAUAAGGUUUUCCAGUAAGAUUAUAUUUUUUUUUAGUGUAACUGUGCAACUGACUCACACUGUAGUUUGUGAGAGAUGUUGGCCUGAUUUACAAAUAUUAACUCACUACAAACUGUUAGCUAGUUGAUGGUACUUUAGAAGAGACUGUCAUGUAAAUUUGAAUAUUACCUAUUGGUGUCACAGAAAUUACUCUUAUGCUUCUCAUGAAGAGAGGAUGGCAUGAAAACCUGAAUUUUCUAAAUGCCUGGUCAUGCAUUUGCUAAGUGGUGCAUACAAAAAACAAAUCUAGCAUCAGGUGCCAGUACAGUGAAUAUAAACUAUCUUCAAAUCAACACUGGAAACUCCAAAGGGCAUUUGGCAGGGAGGAAACCUUACAUAAUAAUUAUAAAAGGCAGGUUCCAUGCUCAUGUCUUACCCAAUGACAGUUUGCUAAGCUCCAGGGACACAUGCAAUUUAUCUGCCCUUUCUUUUGCUUUCUGUAUAUUUCCUCAGAAGACUUUAUCUCAUGCCUUAGGUAUACUCACUGUCCCUGUAGGUGUUACUUCAAAAUGUCACUUGCUUUUUUUAAAAGUUAUGACAAAUUUAUUUGUAGUGCAACCAAAAUAAUUAUUUUAAAAGAUAUCAAAUUAGAUACAAAGUAUCCACUACAGUGAAAGCUAGUAAAAGUAAAAAAAAAAAAUUUAACAAUACUAAUAAAUGUCUGCCACAUUUCUUUUUACUGUUGUACAUAUAAAUUUCUUGUGUACUCUUCUUCCACACUUUGUAAUAAUUACAUUAAAAAUUACAUUGA